AUGGCGCGGUCUGUGAAGAGCUCCUACAUCCGUCACCCCCCACCCCCACCACCACCCCCUAUUUGCAUACAGUCUCCUCUCGGUUCUCCCACGCACUUGGUGUCCAUGCACCUGCUUUUCUAUCCCCACUCCGACACUCCCGUCCGAAUCUCGCGCGUCCUCGCCAAACGCAGCGCGUCCGUCCGGCUGCUCCUGCUUCAGCUGCGGCCUUCGUCCGGACACCUCCCGGAGCAGACAUGCUCGGAUCCCAGGGACGCACCGUGGUUCAUGGGCUGCGUGGAGGCCAGCGGCAGCCUCGAUACAACCGAAGGUGCCCGUGAUCUUGACCCGGUAACCUGCUCGGUUCGCUGCUUGGAUGAAGGGUACUGGGUUGCAGCGUUGACCUCAGAGUCUUGUUACUGUGGCAACCAGCAACAUGGUUUCGUGGCCAGUGAGUGUUUCCACACGUCUUCCAAUGGAGGGACAAAGGAUGUUGGAGAAAGACAAAGUGUCCUCGACUUGCCUGUUGGAGGUGAGCAGGGAAGUGUGGCUCUGUACAGAACUGAAGGACCAUUUCUGCACAGCGUCCGUCUGUCUGCGGCUCCAGACAGAGUUCAGGCUGGGAAGACUUUUGUCAUGGAGGUUUCUGGAAACCUGGCCGGACGCCCCGACCAGCCCACAGACGUCAGUGUGUCCAACCCCCUCUCAACAGCCUCCUCCACCCUCCACCUCUCCGUCUUGCAGCCCUCGGCAGACGGCUUGGUGGUCUCUGUGCUUUAUGGACCCCUGAGUGUCCCCUCCUGCAUCCCUUUCCCACAGAAGGGCUGCAGCGGUGUGGCUGUGGAGGCAGCACACCUGGUGUGGAUUUAUGCAGCAACGCAAGCGUAUCCCACAAAUACAGAUAUAACCUUCCUGGCCGUGGCUGGAUUAGCAGACCCUGUGGAGUUCCUCUGGCACUUUGGAGACUCAAAAUCACAAAGAACCACUUCAAGAACCGUCACCAAGAGAUACCACAAACCUGGCAGGUAUGCUGUAGUUGUCGUCAUGUCAAGUGGCCGGACCUCCCUUACCUCCGAUGUGUUCCCGCUGGUAGUCCAGAGGUCAGUGAAGCUCAACCGGCUGGUCCACCGGCCGUCUGUCCUGCAGAACCAAACGGUGGCGGUGAGCUGCCGGCUCAAUGUGGGUACUGACGUCACCUUCCUCUGGAGCUUUGGAGACGGCUCAUCCAGGCUGGGACAGAGCACAGAGCAGCAUGUCUUCCACAGGACAGGAGAGUUCAGAGUGGAAGUAACUGUGUCUAACCUGGUCAGUUCUGCCUCUCUAAGUAGUCACAUCUUUGUUGUGGAAAGGCCUUGUCAGCCUCCCCCAGUGAAAAACAUGGGGCCUCGAAAACUACAGGUGCGAAGACAUGAGGUUAUCCAUCUGGGAGUGACCUAUGAGACGGAAGUUGACUGUGACAUUUCCGGAGGCCUUCAUUACACCUGGGCCUUGUUUGACUCUGCAGGGUGGGUCUUCCCUUUGCCUCUUGUAGACACACACAGACAGAACCUCAUGCUGCCCAGCCAUCUCCUGCACUAUGACACGUAUACUGCCAUCGCUAGGGUGCAGGUGGCGAGCAGUGUGGUGUACAGUAACUACAGUGUGAGAGUGCAGGUGAUACCGAGCCCUCCUGUUGCCUUCAUCCAGGGCGGCACCAACAUCUUCAUUAACAACCGCAACAACACCGUGGUAACCCUGGACGGGCAGAGAUCUUACGACCCAGACUUCCCCAUGAACCCAGUCAGCUUCAGCUGGACGUGUAAACCAGUCAGCACCAUUGCCAGCUCUUGUUUCCUCCAUGAUGUUCCCACUUCGUCCCCUGUGCUUGUAUUUCCUGCUAGUUUCCUAAAACAAAACUUUGACCAGUUCCAGUUCUCGUUCAACAUCCACAGCGGCAAUCGUUCAGCUUCAUCAGAAAUCUUCCUCACAUUAACACCAAAUGUGAUUGGGAAGGUGUCAGUUUACUGCCCUCAGUGCCAGGGAGAGCAGGUGAACUGGCAUCAGCCUUUCUCUGUCAGCGCCGUGUGUGAAGGCUGUGAUAUUUCUCCAAAAUACAUCCAGUACACCUGGAGCCUGUACCGGGUCAAUGCAUCAUCCAAGCCUGUCAUAGAAGUGCCAUUUUGUUACACGGUGGACCUCAGUGCUCCAUCUACCAUCAUGGAGGGUCCUGCCACUUCCCCUCAGACUCCUGGGACUUCCACCCAGCCUCCACCUGCUGGAGGUGCUUCACAGUUCCCCUAUACGGUCGAUACCUCCGCUCCUGCCUCUGAAACUAUGGCUGAUUUGACAGAACCCGAGCCUUCGCCUAUCUUCUCUCUCGUGGACACAGGAACAGAAGGAUCAGGAGAGGAGCCCUUUCACCCCCCCCUGGGGGAGUUUGACCCUCCAAAGCCGUUGUACUCCUCCACUGAAUACCUGCCACUUGCCUUAGACAACAGUGGCGUCCUAUAUUCAGACCACUUUCUCCAGGGUGAAUUCCCAAUUGAUUCUGACUCCUCUGCCGACUGGGAGUUUUCUUUUCCUGUCUUGGAGACCGGUGACUUGGGAGCUCAACAAGGUGUGGAUGGUGAGAGCUUCAGUGCAGGAGAUGAUUCAUUUCAGGACCCAGUAUUACGUGAUGACGAGGGGAAUAAUCUGAUGGAUUCCAGACCAUCUGUUGUGAUCCAGGAGCCAGUUUUACUCGAUUUACCCAGAGACCCCGUAGACAGAGGCCUUUUUGAGUCCUACACUGACACGGGCAUUUCCUCCCCUUUGCUCCGCUUCAGGCCAUUUAGUCUGUUUCCUGGGAGCAGAUACAUGUUGCAGAUCACUGCCAAAUCUCAUCACGGUGUUCUGGGCCGGACUCAGCUCUUCUUAAAAACCAACCCUGCUCCAAAAGGUGUGACGUGCCAGGUGCAACCAGUCAAAGGGAGGGAGUUGUAUACACACUUCAGCAUCUUCUGUAGCUCAGGGAAAGAGGACUUACUGUACGAGUACAGUGUUGGUGUCGGAGACGGACCUCCUAGGACACUGUAUAAGGGUACAGACUUCCUGUACUACUUUAGCCUUCCUUCUGGUGACCCCAAUGAUGACCAUAAAGUUACUAUUUACACAGAGAUCAGAAGCAGCAUGUAUGGGGCGGCCUCUAAACCUUGUCCUGUCACCGUCCGAGUCCAACCGAGCUUCUUCAGAGACGCCUCUUCUUCCCCUCUUGAUCCUGACCUGGAGCUUUCGGAGUCAGGCCUGAGGAACCUCUCAGCUCUGGUGCGACUUGGAAACAGUGUGGAGAUUCGUAACUACGUCAGUCUUCUCUCCAGCAUCCUCAACAGACUCAGCCUCGACACUAAGGCCGACACACGCGCACAGGAACGCACGCGCAACGUGCUCAUUUGCACGGUGUGUGAGCUUGAGAGCAGUGGACAGGUGACAUUAGCGAGUGCAAGACGAGUGGCGGUCCACGUUCAGGUCAUCUCAGAACAGUUUUCCAGUGCUCCAGUCUGGUACUCUCAAAAGACCCUCAACACCCUGGUGGCUCUGCUCUCACGCAGCCUGCAGGCUGCUCUCACUAGUAAUGACUUCACACCUGAAAUGUCCACCAGUGCUGACAUUAAACAGGCAUUAGAGUCCGACCCACAUGAUGAAAUACAAGACUCACCCAGUGGUAUUUACAUGGACCAAGGAUUACCGAUUUCAACAAAGCAGGCGCUGCAGCUUGUAGCUGAUAUUCUCCAGACUGCUUCAGACCUGAUGCUGAAGUACAUCUUGUCCCAUGAGGCCCAUGAGCACAGAGUCAGCUCUGGUCUUAUCGCCUUAUAUGUCGCAUACCUCAACCAAACCUCCACAGUCCUCACCAGUGGCUCAACCAUCUACUACAUGUCCGACUCCCUGAUCCAGCUUCUGGUUGUUCAUCGCAGUAGAGAGACUAAAAGCCGACUGCAUCGGCUGUGUGUGCUCGGCGUGCUGACCGAGCUCACCCACAGCCCUUACACCUGGACCCACUAUCCUGAAACGCUGAGUGGACCAGUGGUUGACCUCAGUUUUUACAAGUGCAGCUCCAAGAGAAAGAUCCCUGUUCGCUCCCUCAUUCAACCAAUAAACAUCGAGAUGCAACAACCACAAAGAAACAGCUCUGAGCCUGGGUAUGUCCUCCUACGCAGCCAGAUCAACUACCACACAUUCAACAUUACCCAGGAGCACUUGCGGCAGGCCAUCCAGCUGAGUGUGGUGUUCACGCAGCCGCUCAACAAGGUGUUUCCCAUCAUGCUGCUCUUCAGGAUGUUUGAGAGGCCGACUCCCAGCAUGCACCAUCUGCGCAAGAUUCACCACUGGGAGAGCAACGCCACACGGUUCACUCUGCCUCCAUCCUACCUCAGUGCUGCAGGGGUUGGCCACCUGGCAUUGCUGAAUGCUGAUUUUGGGAAAGCCCCCAGACACAAGCACCUAAGUAAACAAGUCCACUACAGUCUCACAGUGGACAGCAGCCUGUGUUUGUCCUGGGACGGCCACCAGGGGGCCUGGACUCACCUCGGCUGCGGCACGCAGCAAGCAGAUGCAGCUACUGCAGUCAACUGCAGCUGUCACCAGUUGAGGCCGCUGACUGUGGUGCGGCAGCAGAUCCAGAGCAGCCAUGACACAAAAGAUCUGGACCCGUUGCAAAGUGUGUGCUGUAAUCUGACUGUGCUGAGUGUGCUGGUGCUCUGCGUAUGCCUGUACAUCCCGGGGUUGGUGUUGUGUAAGAGAGCGGACGUUGUCUCUGAGACGACCCAGAGAGUACACUACCUUUCUGACAACUCUCCAGGUGACCCGUAUCUCUAUGCUGUUACAGUCCACACUGGCCUCUGCUCUGCAGCCUGCAUGAGUGCAAAGGUUUACAUAGUGCUGUAUGGUGAAGAUGGGUUCUCACAGACAAGUGAACUACAAGUCCCAGGAUGUGCUCUGUUCAGGAGGAACUCUCAAGACACCUUUAUAUUAAGUGCAGCAGACAGCCUGGGCUCAGUGUGGGGGGUUCACAUCUGGCAUGACAACUCUGGACCCUCCCCCAACUGGUACCUCAAACAAGUGGAGGUAUCCGAGGUGAGCAGCGGGCAUGUGAAAGCACGCGAUUGGCUCUUUGUGGGUCAGUGCUGGUUGGCUGUGAACAAAGCUGAUGGCCGGGUGGAGAGAAUGCUGCGAGUUUGCACUCGUGGAAUCGGCUUCGCUAAGAUGUUCCGUCUAAAGCUUUUUGACUACUUGGCCGACUACCACAUCUGGAUGUGUUUGUACAGCUGUCCCUGUCCGAACGCGUUCACACACACUCAGAGACUUAGCGUGAGCCUGCUGUUACUGUUGGGAUACGCGUGUGUCAACACACUCAUCAUAUCACAAAUGAAUAAUCAGUUGCCAUUCGAGCUGGGCAUUAUAGAUCUGUCAGCUGUUUCUCUGACGACUGGAGUAUUAUGUGUGGUGGCAGCGUCGCCUGCAGCUGUGAUUGUAUCUCUCCUGUUCCGACUGCGUGAGGUCAAGCGGACGGGGUCAGUAGUCCAACUCACGGCGGGGAGACGGAGUGACAAGGACCCUUUUGGAGAUGCCCUUUCAUUAAAUGACAGUGUGCUCGAGCCCCAUCUCUAUUGGAGCGGGCUUCAGCAGUGGGCGCAGGACACCUGGAGGAAGAAACACCAGGGCCCAGACGUGCUGUCCGUGUCCACUACUAUUCCGAAAAAUAAAAGCACAGGCAAUACCCCAGAAAUCCAAUCAGAUGUCGUCACAAGAAAAGAGAACUCUCCCGAAGUGAAAAACGACAUAAGGCCAACGCUUCAAAAUGUGUUGCUGAUUACUGAGAGGAAUAAUGUUGAUCAAGCCCCCGGGGGAAAAGAGUUAGAUCUUUUAAGUGAAAGCAGCAGGUUCCCUGGAACCCAGAGAGCUCUUUUGUCCGGUGUGAGGGAUGUAGGUCAUGCUAUUCAGAAGGAAGAAGAUCAUCAAGGGAAGUUUUCAUCGGACUGCACCUUUGAGGAAGAGUGCUAUCACCAGGCAGCGGGGCCAGCACACAACACUGGCAGGCUAAAAGGGAGAGGACUGAGACUACUAUCUCAGUGGUGUCACUAUCUGGCCUGGACACUGUGUCUGCUGGGGUCCCUCUCCUGCCUCGUGCUGUCUGCACUGCUGGGACUGAGAUUCAGCAGCAGCAAAGUCCUGCUGUGGAUACACUCUCUUUUCUUCUCUCUCGUGUUUUGCAUCUUCCUCAUCCAGCCGGCCGUGAUUAUUUUAGUGGCAGUGAGUGUUUCCUUUUGGCUCAGGAAAAGAUCUGACUUUCAUAGCUUCUUCAGUAUAAGAGAGAUUGAGAAAGACUCUUCAACCCUGUGGAGCCACAGCGGUCCUCAGCAACCAGCAGAGCAGCUUGGGACAUCUGCCUUUCCACAGGAAAGAAGCUCAUACCUUGAAAAGCUGCUUGGCGCUCGUCAGCGAGCCCGGUAUCUCCGUCUUGUGCGCCCACCAACUCCAGCAGAGCUGAGGAGAACCCGUGGAAAGAAAAAAAGAGAGACACUCAUCCAUUACACUCUCAGGGAUUUAUCCCUCUGUGGCUCCAUGCUUCUCCUGAUGCUGUGUAUGAGUUAUGGGGUCUCAUUCACUGACCAUUACCACCUCAAUAAAGCUGUCAGAACACACUUUAUAAGUGGCCAUGAUGACGCCUUUAUGUCUGUACGUACGCAUGAGCACUGGUGGAAGUGGGCACAGAGCAGUCUCCUUGCUUUACUGUACAAGAACGCAUCAUCCACAACUGAGUCACACAUCUUGAUUGGAGAGCCAGUUCUGAGGAAGACGGAGGUGUCCAACUGGUUUCAGGGUCAGGUCUUAGUGCCUCCAAAGACAUGCUGUCACCUGGGCUGCUACUUGGAACCACGUACUACAGUUGGCUUAGGCCACACCAAGUCUGAUGCUGCGUCAAAACUGAAGCUCCUGCAUUCGGGUGGCUGGCUUUGCAGACAGACUGUGUCGGUCCAGUUCACCUUGUUUAGUCCCGCCCCCAACUUGUUCACCAGCGUGACCAUGCUCUCAGAGCAGAGCCCCACCGGCGUCCUGCUGCCCUCUGCCAAAGUCCACUCAGUUACACUGUUUCACACUCCUGCUGUGCGGGACUAUGCUGUCAUGGUGUGCCAGCUCCUCUUCCUCAUCUUGUCCCUGCUGCAUCUCUGUAAUCAAGUGUACGUUAUAGGGCAGCAAGGGCUGAUGGGAUACUGGAGGACACCUUUUAACUAUCUAGAAGUCAGUUUGCUGACGGUGUCUUUAUUGUACUAUGUGUAUUACAUCUAUCACUCCAUCAUUAUCUUGGAGGUUGUGGAGCUGCUCCAGAGACACAACUACACAGGACAUGUUGAUGUCAGCCUCCAGGCUAGCUCGGAACAAUAUGUUCGUACUCUGCGAGGCGUUGCGCUCCUUCUUCUCACCGUGAAGUGUGGGUCUGUGUUGAGGGGGAACAGGGCCGUGGCUUCCUCUGCUGCACUCCUCACCCGGUCGCUCUCCAGCCUUUUCUGGCCGACGAUUUCAGGUCUCAUCUUCAUGGUGGCGCUGGCCUGCGUUGGGAACCUCCUGUUUGUACAAAGAUCUCAGGCCUUCAGCUCACUUCCUCGCUCCCUUCAGACCCUGCUCGCUCACUGCUGGGGUUUCAGGGCAGUUCGGGGCCUUCGCCUCUCUGGCCAUGAUUUCCUUUACCGUGGAGUUCUCUAUCUGUCCUCUGUGGUGUGGACAGCAGUGGUAGUGGGUGUGGUGUCCUCCUUGGUCAGACGUGCUAAAAGAUCUCAAAGCUGGGGGCAUGUCUUCACCAUGGCCGAGUUAGCUGACUACAUCAGACGGAGGGUCUCUGAUCUCACUGGGCAGCGUAGACAAGCAUGGAUUGAAAAUCAUGUGCAAGAGAGGACUUAUUUCUUUGAAGAGUUUGAAAGCUUAGUCGAUGAACUAUUGUCCAGACUCAAUUCCCUCUCAAGUAGUCUGCACCCCCCUCUGCCACCCAACGCCCAUCACUACAGGGAGCAGGACUGUCCUGUCCUCCGACAGGAGCCCUCCGACAUGAACAAACAGGACUGUGUAAGAACACAAAAAACAGAAGUGGCGAUGAUGAACAAUCAGACCGAUGCCGGUGGCCAUGGAGAGACCUUACUAGUAUCUCACCUGCUCAGGUCCAAGCUUAAACUGGAGAUACUGCAGAGGGGCCAAAGGGGAGACCAUUCCUCCUCUGUUGUGGUAUGGGAUGCUUCACAACAACAUGACACAAUACCCAAAGAAAACCUAAAAGGCCGAGAGCUCCAGACAUACUUAAAGGCACAAAACCACCUUCCCCUCCCAGAGUCAACAUCACGCAUCAGGACAGAAAAUACUCCGGAGAAGCCCGUUAAUGAAUGGACUCAAUCAAAUGACAUUUGCUGCUUAACUAAAACACAGUCAACACAUACAGAGGUUGUGGUUUUAGUCCACCAGGAGCCUGGAAGCGUAAAGCCAGAUAAACAGUAGGGUCCUUAUGCAGAUUACAAUGGUUGAUGGAACAGCCAGUGCAAGGUCUGUAUUUCCUAUUGUAUUAAGGUUUACUGUAUUGUACGGUGUGUGCCAAUCAUCUUAUUCAUCUGCUUGAUUAGCAAACCAAUCUUCCAAGAAUGUUUGAUACUUAGAUAUGUUAGUACUGCAUAACUAGUUGGUCAUUACUUUGUAAUUGAGUUGAGUUGACUAGUUUAUAAAACAAAAACACACCUUUUGUAAUGCAUAAAUAAAUGUAUGAAUAAAUCUGUUUCAGUUA